CUUUGGUAUAAAAACGUGCAAAAAGCAUCUCUGGGAUUUCCCCCCUGCUGCAUAAAUAUUGCAAAAAGUGCCACCAGGCUGCCCUUUCAGUAAAAUUAGUAUAUAAGUAUAAACAUAUAUCUCUAGGACAUCUGAAAGGCCAUGGCAGGAGUACAGUUCCUUAAAGCCAAACAGACCCCACUGGUUUCCAUGAUAAAAGUCCAUUUGUACAGCAGAAUUAUACCAAGUCACAGUCUGGUUAAGAAAACAUUUUUGGACCACUUCUCCACUUACAUUAAUGAAAAAAUGAUAUGAGGAGAGCGCUUGGAGUCCUUUGCAUCUGCAGUUUACGUCAUGCAUAAAUAAAGAGAACAGUAUUUAGGGCCUGAGCACUGAGGAUGCAAGAGCCCUACUGGAAUGUAAGCAAUUAUUUUUUUCGGGCCUCAACGUCCCUGAAAACUCAUCCUUUUUUGCACACAUAUCAGGCAGGUGUGGAAUGUAGAUAUUGUAAUAGUUCUCACAAUAAAGAAAUUGUGCUCAACAGCACCCUCUAGAGUUUGCAAGUCUCAUUUGCAAGAGUGUCCUGGCCAAGACAGGCAGCAGUACAUUAACAAUUUUUUCUUGUAGCAGAUUCCAGUCUGCAGGAGCAGCAUAUCUAAAACUUCUUUUGCUCAUUUCAAGAUGAACUUUGGGGACGGCUAGAUUUUGUGUCAAAGGCCAUAGCUUCCAGAACUUUUAACGUGAAUACAAUUACACAAGUAUAGUGGAAGCAGGCAAAGUACAGCCUUGUAAAUCAGAAUGUACCAAUGGGUCAGUCUAUGCAUGCUUAGAGAGGGCCACCCAACUUGCUCAUACAGUGUACAAUGAUGAGUUAGAGCCUUGAGGUUUGUUAUGAACCUUAGAGCUCCAUAAUAAACAGUAUCCAAAGAUUUAAGGCUUUGAGCAGAUGUUUUAUACAUGCAUGUUUAAAACGUCACCAUAAUCAAUCAGAGGCAUGAAAGCAGCAGCAACAAGAUGCUUUUCUUGCAGCAAAAGAAAAACAAGAACUAUUUCUGAAGUAAAAGCUCAGCCGCAACCUAAGCUUCUUACAAGCUGCUCAAUAUGGAGCUUAAAAGACAGAGAGUCAUCUAUCACAAACCCAAGGUAUUUAUAAGAAGGUACAGACUCAAUCACGUCACCCUGAGCUGUAACAAUAGACGGCAGGACCUGUGACCUGCAUCCUGCAGAAGACAAAGGGCUUGAUUCUGUGUGGGGGCCAAGCAAUAAAUAACAGUAUUGUCCGCAUAUAAAUGAAAAUUUGCAUUGGGAACAUUAUGACAGAUACUGUCAAUAUACAGAGUAAAUAAAAGCCUUGUGGUACACCAUUUAAGACAUUAAGGUACUCAGAGGUUAAGCCCCCAGCUUUCACACACUAAGAUCUGUUUGUCAAGUAAUUGCCAAACCACGAGACUGAGUGCUCAGACGGACCAAUACUCUGGAGUCUUCAUCAUUUUUCUUCCGCUUAUCUGGGUCUAGGACAUGGGGGCAGCAGUUUCAGGAGAGAAGCCCAGAUGGCUCUCACCUCAGUCACUUCCACCAGCUCCUCUGGGGGGAUUCCCAGGCGCUCCCAGGCCAGGCGAGAGAUAUAAUCCCUCCUUGGGACAUGUCUAGAACACCUCUAAUGGGAGGCAUCCAGAAGGCAUCCUAACCAGAUACCCAAGCCACCUCAGCUGCCUCCCCUCGACCUGGAGGAGCAGCGGUUCUACUCUGAUCGCCUCCCGAGUGCCCAAGCUCCUUACCCUAUCUCUAAGGCUGAGCCCGGCCACACUGAAAAGGAAAGCCAUUUCGGCCGCUUGUAUCUGCGCUCUUGUUCUUUCAGUCAUUACCCAAAGUUCAUGACCAUAGGUGAGGAUCCGCACGUAGAUUGACUGGUAAAUUGAGAGUCUCGCCUUACGGCUCAACUCUUUCUUCACCACGACAGAUCAGUUAAGCGUCCGCAUCACUACUGAUACUGCUCCAAUCCACCUGUCGAUCUCCUACUCCAUCCUACCCUCACUUGUGAACAAGAUCCCAAAAUACUUAAACUCCUCCACUUGAGGCAGGACCUCCCCUCUGACCUGCAGAAGGCAAUCUACUUUUUUCCGACUGAGGGCCAUGGCUUCAGACUUGGAGGUGCUGAUUCACAUCCCAGCUGCUUCACAAUUGGCUGCGAACCGCCCCAGCAAGAGCUGCAGGUCACUUCUUGACAAAGAAGAACCACAUCAUUCGCAAAAAGCAGCUACGCGAUCCUCUGCCUGCCGAACUGGACAUCCUCCAUCCCCCGGCUGCGCCCAGAAAUUUUGUCCAUAAAGGUUAUGAACAAAACGGGUGACAAAGAGCAGCCCUGGCGGAGUCCAACUCUCAUCGGAAAUGAAUCUGACUUACAACUGGCUACACGGACCAAGCUCAUGCUCCUUUGAUAACGGGAUUGGACGACCCUUAUCCACCCCGUACUCCCGGAGGACCCCCACAUGAUUCCCUUAGGGACACGAUCGUAGGCCUCCUCUCUAAGUCCACAAAACACAUUUGGACUGGUUGGGCAAACUCCCAUCUCCCCUCAAGAACCUGAGCAAGGGUGAAGAGUUGAUCUGUAGUUCCGCAACCUCCUCGAUCCGUGGUUCAACUAUCAAUUGGACCCUCUUUUUCAGCACCCUGGUGUAAGCUUUUCCAGGGAGGCUGAGGAGCGUGAUCCCCUAUUAGUUGGAACACACCCUCUUGUCCUCCUUCUUAAAGAUAGGGACCACCAACCCGGUCUGCCAAUCCAAUGGCACUGCCCCCAAUUUUCAUGCAAUUUUGUAGAGGCGCAUCAGCCAGGACAGCCCCACCACAUCCAGAGCCUUCAGAUACCCUGGGUGGAUCCUUUGCCACGGAGUUGUUUUACUACCUCUGCGACUUCUACCCCAGUGAUUGGACGAUCCACCUCCAGGUCCUCAAAUUCUGUUUCCCCUUGGGAAUGCAUGACGGUUGCCAUGAAGUUGCCAUCUGCCACCCCUGAGGUGCCAUACAGUGUGCCAUAAUCUUUUUGGAGCUGACCGAAAGUCUUCCUCCAUGGCCUCACCAAACUCUGCAACUGCCCCAGCCAUGGACCGCUUAGCCAACCAGUACCGUUCAGCUGUUUCUGGAAAUCCACAGACCAACCAUGACCUGUACGCCUCCUUCUUCAGCCUGACGACUCCCCUCACCUCUGGUGUCCACCAUCGGUUCAGGGAUUAUGGUCAACAGUGUCGAAAGCCUUGGACAAAUAAAUAAAAAGAGCUGCACAAUGUUCCUUUAUACCCAAAGAAUUCAUAAAAAAUUAAUGACCACUUUAAGAGCAGCUGUGGUUGUGCUGUGUUUUUUCCUAAAACCCGACUGAUAUUCUGCUAAAAUUGUAUCAGAAAUUAAAAACAUGUAUGUAUGUAUCAUGCCAAGACCUACAAAAAGUAUCUUUCUUUCCCACUCUCAACCUAACAGGAAGUCAAUUUCACUUGAAAGUCUAGUUUGGACCAGUUUUAGAGGAUUUUCAGGGCGUCUAUUUGCGUGCAUUUUGGGAUGGACGUGUUCUGGUGGGGUUAUAAGGGACUAAGAGUUCUUUAAAAUAUGAUGGUGCCUAACCGUGAAGAACUUUGUGGGGGGCAGAGGAGGAAUUUUAAACUCUGCCCUAAAUUUAAAUGGAAGCCAGUGUACAUGUGCUCUCUUCUCCUGGUUCUGGUUGGUUCUCAGGCAGGUGCAAGCACUGGUGACCACUGUAACUAGUGUGGUCUUGAUAAGGCAGUCAGCAAAAACACAUUCACAGACAUCACAAACACUGUCCACCCCAAACCAACUCUGACUGACCUUCACAGUAAAAACUAGUCAUCUUGUUUUCCUGCUCUUGCUCUUCAGAAACAUCGCUUCUUAAUACACGGAAUAACAAAGGGGAAAUUACACAAUUUCCUUUACAGUGUGAAGUGAGAAACGAAGAUCACACUGUGAAUGAUUAGGCUGUUAUUAAGGACAUGUCCACUGGUAAAGGAAAAAAAUAAAACUUAUCUAUGUGUGUCGUAAAGUUUUGUACCUUCAAACAUUAAAAACAAAAUGACUAAUUUCCACCCCCAGCCCCACUGGCAGGUUGAUGUUAAACAUAAAAGCACAGAAGAAGCUAAAGUGAUGUAAGUGUGAGUCUGAGGGUAACAGGAUGAGCUGGGUGGAGAAGGAGGCUGUUCUUCGAGUCAUUUUGAACAAGUCAUUUAACCACGAAGAGGAAACUGCACCAUCAGAUAUCAUCGCAGUCAGACCUGAACAGGUACAAAGUCUCAGCAGAAUGGCUCUACUGGAUUUCAUGUUUAUUCUUCUGCUUCUGUUUGAAGGUAAACUGGUGUCUCUUUGUGUAUUUGCCAAAAUUUAACUGAAUGUGAUAUUUUUAUAACUCAAACAUGGAGGCCACUGAAACUCCAGUGACCUCUCUGCUCUUUAAAAUGAACCAUCAGUCACUUUCUCCAUCACCACAUCACUUUUUUAAAUGUAGGCAGUUGUUGAAUGAAAAAAAAAAAAAAGAUUUCCAGAGAGAUGCUGGUAUGUUUGCCGUGCUCUUAUAUUCAGUGCCUCUUUUCUUUGCAGUGGCCAGCAGUCGAAAAGAAAUCCAUCGUGUCUACCAGCCUGGACAGGAUGUGAUCCUACCCUGUGAUUCUUAUUCAUCUCGUGGACCUCAGUGCUCAAACAUAGAAUGGCUUUACAACAAAGAUUCAUCAGGAACUAUAAAUGUGGUCAGCAAUGGUAAAGUUGACCAGAGUUCACGGCGAGCUGCUCGAAUGAAUGUGAACACAAACUGCUCUUUAGUAAUAAGACAGACCACUGCUGAGGAUUUUGGUCUCUACACGUGUCGGCCAUUUGAUAAUGAUCAUCGUUUUGAUGUACGUGUGUAUCUCAGCCAUCUGAACAGUAAGUUUCAUAUUUACUGUCAUUAACUUUGUGCUCUGAGUCCAUCAAGUUGUGAAAAGUCUAUAUUUUUAGUCUCUAUUACUUGUUUUGUAAAUGAAAAAUCCUGUUUGCUGUGCUCUUAUAUUCAGUUCCUCUUUUCUUUGCAGUGGGCAGCAGUCAAAAAGAAAUCCAUCGUUUCUACCAGCCUGGACAGUAUGUGACCUUACCCUGUGAUUCUUAUUCAUCUCGUGGACCUCAGUGCUCAGACAUAGGAUGGCUUUACAACAGAGAUUCAUCAGGAACUAAAAAUGUGGUCAGCAAUGGUAAAGUUGACAGGAGUUCACGGCGAGCUGCUCGACUGAAUGUGAACACAAACUGCUCUUUAGUCAUUAGACAGACCACUGCUGAGGAUGUUGGUCUCUACACGUGCCGGCCAUUUGAUAAUGAUGAGCGUUUUGAUGUACGUGUGUAUCUCAGCCAUCUGAACAGUAAGUCUCAUAUUUACUGUCAUUAACUUUGUGCUCUGAGUCCAUCAAGUUGUGAAAAGUCUAUAUUUUUAGUAUUUCUUACUCAGUUUGUUGUUUUGUGAAUGAAAAAUCCUCAUUUUGUUGUUAGUUGAACAAUGACAACAAAAGACACAGAAACACAUCAGGGUCUUGAAAAUAAUUGACAAACUUACAGCAGAUGUCAAACUUUUCUUUUAACUCAGUAUUUUCUUUGCUUUUCUUUCAGUCUUGUCUUUAGUUCAAACGAGGGAUGAUGAAGUUACGUUAGAGUGCUCUCUGCUGAGGUAUGAACGUCUCCCAGAGUGUCGACCAAAUGCUCUCCGCUGGGUGGACGAUACAGGAACAGAGCUGAGGGAAGGUGUGUCAAAGCUGAACAGAGGAACCGACUGUUUUUACCGCCUGACUGUGAAGCGUCAGAGCGGCAACAACAGGAGAUAUGUCUGUCAGUAUGUUAACAAGGAAAACCAUGUGGCGAUACAGGCCGAGUACACACCUGUCUUCACAGGUAGGACCACUUCAGGUCAGUGACCAACAACACAUGUAUGCAUGUUUAUCCUUUAAGUUGACUCGAAUCCAUGAAAUAGUCAUUGGAUAAUUAAUGUCAAGAAACAAAUGAACAAAAUAUGCUAUUAUUAAAAUAAAGUCCUCUGACCACAGACCCUGAUUCCGGAACUAUACCUAGGAUCACUUCAGGUCAGUGAAAGUCUAAUUUAAAAAAAGAUAUAAUGACUUAAUUUGACCUUAAACAUUCAAACACCAACACAUGACCACAUGUAAAUGUCACUUUUUAGACUUAUGUUGAUUUGUUUAUUCUCUUAAAAAGACAGAACUUUGAUUAGAAACCAUAUUAAUGUUUUAUGGUGUUUUCAUAAGCAAAACAAAAACAGACAAACAAAACAACAACAACAACAACAACAACAAAAAACAACUUCAUAAGUCUUCUUCCAUUUUCCUAAUAGGUACAUUAACCACCCAGGAACAAACCUUCACCACACCAGGCAAACCGAUUUCAUCCACAGGGGGAACCAGAGUUAACACAAAGAGUACGUUUUCAGAAGCUGCUUUGAACUUGUUGUAAUAACUAUAUUGACAUUUUCUAGGACUUUUUGUGAAGUUAAAGUUUUUUUGUUUUUUUUUUAAGCCCCAGCUUCAACAGAGUCCUCUGAGUGCCGUCCUCUGAGCUACAUCAUGCUGACUCUGAGAGUGUUAGAGCUGAUCUGUAUAAGCAUAAUCACUGUUAAGGUGUACAGACUGAGAGGUGAGAAAAAAACACCAUCCUUUAAUAGAACUAGAUCAUCUAAAUCAGAUGUGGCACAUGUGAGACACUUUUGAUCAUUUUCUCCUCAGGGAGCAUCAAACCGCUGAGGAAGGACAGCAGUGUGAGUGUAAUGUACCAGCUCAUGGAGUGACUUUGCUUCUGCUGUGAACUUAGACCCGACAGCGGUCGCUCUUUAAACUCUUCUUUUCUGUUUUUUACAGGAGCAUGACGUCAUUGAAUUAAACUAUGAAAACAUAGAAGAACAUCCGUCUGCUGCUGCUCGACACUGAUCAGCUUCAACUCCAACUUUAACCCACUUCAAAGAUCCGCCUGUUUUGUUCCAUGAUUCACAGAGGAUGAACCCUCAUUGACACUGUCAUAAACCAGACUGUAAAGAGAUUUUUCAUCCUGUGCUCUCAGCAGUCUUACACUUCUUUAUUUAACUGUUAAUUGAGAUAUUUCAUUGAAAUUUUGUAGAUAUACCCAGAGGAUAAACCCUAAUAGACAAAUUCUUAAACGUGACUUUUACUCCAAGCUGUGAGGACUUUUCCACUCUUUUCUCCAUUAAAAAAAU